AGUGUCGAGAAGAGACGAUCGGAUCUUAAAAACGCGUAUCGAUAGCGCCUCGCAGCGCAAUCUUUGGUUACCCGUGAGGUAGUUUUUCUUCGACAACCAUUAAUAACAAACCUCAUCGAUUGAAGUAGCGCUUCAAGUGUCCGAACUAAAGUGGCUGCUACUUGUUCCUCUGAUCCUUGUUGAUUUGUGGAUUUGACUAUUACUAGAGAGUGCUUUGCCGUUCCAUAGAACACGUCGUCCCGUCUCAAUCUGAUCUGACCAUCAAACUUCAUUGGCCACGGUGCGUUAUCAGCUUGGUCAACAUAAAAAUAUAAUGACGUCACUGGCCGUAGAGGAAAACAACAACAACAACAUCCACGAUCGCGACUCCAAGAAUGAGGAUGGAGAACGACGUUUGCGAGAGUUGACAAAAACCUUCACCGGGAUCGAGAAGCCGUUAAAGAACGCGCGGAAGUGCGAAACGCUGACCGAUCUUAUGGAAGAGCUGCGCAAAACGUUUGAAUCCGACCACGUUAACGUGCAUUACGUAAAUCAUCUGAUGCUGAGUUAUGAAUCGAAUCCUGCCGAAUGGCGCAAGUUCGCCAAAUUCGACCGUUACCGUUACACAAGAAAUCUGGUCGAUGCUGGCAACGGGAAAUACAAUCUUAUGAUUCUGUGCUGGAAUGAAGGGCACGCGUCAGCCAUCCACGAUCACGCCGAUUCACACUGUUUUAUGAAGAUGCUGAAAGGUCAGUUGGUGGAAACGCGUUUCGCUUGGCCCAAGGAUGCGUCGGUUAACGAGGAUGCCAAAGCGGAUAUCGGAAACGGGCAUACCAGCACGACUGAGGAAACGGAGUACAACGGGGAUGAAUUGGAGGAGCUGUCGAGAAGUACCCUCGAAACAAAUGGCGUGUGUUACAUUAACGACACUUUAGGACUUCAUCGCGUGGAAAAUCCUAGCCACACAGAUGUGGCUGUAUCUUUGCACUUGUAUUGCCCUCCAUUUGAUGUGUGCUCCAUCUUCAACAAGCAGGACGGAAAACGCACCAAGUGUAAAGUGACGUUUUGGAGCAAGUAUGGCAAACGAAAUCCCACCGACGCCAACUGAAGGAUGGCUACCGGGGGACCAUAUUUUGUAUUGCAUUCGUCGACUGAUGCUGAGAAGUGAUAAUAGUGAAGAGCAAUAAACAUUUUGCGGUUAUAAAUCAUUAUGGUCCUCUGUCUGGAAGGUAGGAUUUUUCUUUGAGUGAGUUGAGCGUGCAUUUAUUUUAGGUUACUAAUUCGUUGUUUCAAAAUAUUAUAAGACUACGCGAUAUUAUAAACACAAUCAAAUUGAAAUAGUUAUCGUAGUUCAGUAUAUAUGCAUUUUGCUCAAACGUGCAGUUGUUUUGCUAGUGUCAAAAACACGCUACACAUUGCUACUCAAUAAAGAUAAGAUACUCUA